UAUCUUAAGUAUUAUUAUCUUGAUUAGAAUGGAAUCAAAGAAAAAAACAAGAGGAAAACAAAAGUUAGUGAUGAGGAAGAUUGAAGAUAUAGACAAUCUCUUUGUAACAUUUACAAAAAGAAAAACAGGUAUUUACAACAAGGCCACAGAAUUAUCAACACUUUGUGGGGCUAAGGUUGAUAUUCUUAUGAUUUCUCCAACUGGAAAUCCAUUUUGUUAUGGAGAACCUUCUUCCAAAUCUUUGGUAAGAACAAGUUUAAAGGAAGAAACUUCAUCAAUGGAAGAUCUAAUAAAAAGACAAAUGGUUGAAAAACUUAAUAUGAAAAACGAUCAAUUGAUGGACGAAAUCCAUGUAGCAAAAGCUCAACGGGAAACAUUGACUGCGUCAAAUAGUUCUGGUUGGUGGGAGAUAAAAGAGAAAGGUAGAUAUGAUCAUAAAAUUGAUGAACAUAUAAAGAAUAUCACACAUCAAAUGAUAAAUGAAGUAAUAAGUCAGGGAGGAGAGAUUGAUUCUCAUGCAAAUUAUUUCUUAGAUAAAUGGAAUGGAUUCGGUUCAGAUCCUACCUGUCGCUUUGGGAGCAACAACAAUGGUUCUGAAAUUGAAGCAGGUGAAAGAUCAAACCAUUAUGAUCCAAAAAAUAAAGGUAAGUCUAUUAUGUUUGGUGGCGCAAGCGGAAGUGGAACUGAGAGUUAG